UCAGCGGUGACAUCAUUAACUGCACAUUAUGGGAGAGCUAUGGUACUAAGUUUUUGGAAUAUUAUAAUGACCCAACUAACACGGGUGCUAUUGUCAUCAUACUAACCCAUGCAAUGAUCAAGGAUUCUCAGGUAUCCAAUGCAUGGAGUGGUUCAAAGCUGCUAAUCAACGAAGACAUCCAGGAGAUUUCUGAGUUUUUGUCAAAGUUGCCUGCAAAUGAGCAAUCCCAAAAGCCUUCGCAAUCUGCCAAAUCCAUGUCUCUUUGGUCUGGUGGAUCUCAGUUUACAACACUUGAAAAAUUUGUUCAUAAGGCAAAGUGCAUUCCUUUGAGUCAAUUCUGCAAAAUCAAACAAGACAUGUUAUGUGUUACUGUUGGAACUACCACGAAAUUUUAUGUAUCCAAGCAUGGUUGGUUUUACUAUGGUUGCACAAAGUGCUCUGUGAAGGCUACUGAUUUGAACAAUCCAUACCAGUGUGUGUGUGGCGAAAAUGUACACAAACCCAUACCAAGGUACAAAGUUGAUAUAUAUGUUUGUGACGGUGAAUCAAAAUUCCGAUUUGUAUUUUGGGAUGCCGACUGUGAGCAGAUUAUAGGACAAUCUGCUGAUAGCAUGCAUAAAUCAAUGUUAGAGAAUGGUGAAGAUGAUCCCAUGGUUUAUCCUGACGAGCUUGACAUGUUGUUGGAAAAGAAAAUGGCUUUGAGAGCUAAAGUACAGCCAACCUUUGGGCAAGCAUCUGUUUGGAAGUUUUCUUAUGAUGAAGAAUUUGUCAGUCAAAUUGAAAAGGAUUAUAUUGCUGAUGAGGCUCAUAGUCUUCCUCCCAUUCAAAAUGCUGUUGCUGAUCAUGUUGAUACUUCCAUGGAGUCCUUAUCUGCAUUUGGAGAAAAUGAUCCUGACAAGAGUUUGGCCAAUACCCCAUCAAAGAGUGUUUCUCAUGGUGUUGAUGCUGAAGAAUCGGAUUGUCAGCUUUUAGGACUUACACAAUAUUCAGGAACCAAACCACCCAAAAAAGUGAAGAUUGAACCAAAUGCUUGAAGACUUCAUCAACUUUUUUAUUUUAUGCAUCCUAUAUCUAAUUUGUUGGAACUUAUAAUCCUAUGGUUUAUGUUUUUUGGUUGUUAAAUUUAUGGGAUGUAUUGUUUUAUUUACUUUGUGGUACUGCAUUUUCUACCAACAAAGCUUUCACUCUUGGACAACAUGUAGUUUUUGUA